AUGAAAAUGCACUCAACCUGGACACCACCACACGAUUACCGCACGCGCCCAGUCGCGGUGCUGGGCGCCGGAGUCCUUGGAAGACGGAUCGGUUGUAUCUGGGCGUCUGCGGGCUACGAUGUGCACCUUCGGGAUCCCGAUGCCAACCAGGUCGCGUCUGGCAUUGCCUACAUUGAAGAGCAAGUGGCGGCAUAUGCGACCAAAACAGGCUGCUCGCCCGGAAAGCCCAUACCGCACGAAACCCUCAAAGCCGCUGUCUCCACCGCAUGGCUCGUCAUUGAAGCCGUUCCCGAAAAGCUCCCCCUCAAGCUCACUACCUUUGCAGAUCUAGCGACUCACGCACCAGCAGACGCCAUCCUCGCCUCCAACUCCUCGUCUUACAAAUCAUCCGAGAUGCUCGCUCAAGUCCCGGACCAUGUCAAGCCUCGCAUCUUGAAUAUGCACUACUACAUGCCGCCGCAAUGCAUGAUCGUCGAGCUAAUGACUGACGGGUUCACGCACGAGGCCAUCUUCCCCUUCAUGGCAGACCGGUGCCGCGAGGGCGCGACUGAGCCGUACGUGGCGAGGAAGGAGUCGACGGGGUUUAUCUUCAAUCGGCUCUGGGCCGCUGUUAAGCGGGAGGCCCUCACGAUUCUGGCGGAGGGCGUCUCUGUGCCUGAGGAGCUCGACGCUAUGUGGGAGACGAUGUUUGUUGAGGGGCGGGUUUUGCCGUGCAGGACGAUGGAUCAGGUUGGCCUUGACACUGUCGCCUUUAUUGAGCAGCACUACAUACAGGAGCGCGGUCUCUCCGGUGAAAAGACUGUCGAUUACCUUACGACAAACUACGUUGAGCAGGGGAAAGUCGGCACAAAGUGCGCUUUAGGCGGACUCUACCCUCCAGCACCAGCAGACGAGGCGCAGAGCCGCUUACUGGUUCUCGACGUCGGGCUGGCCGCCGAUACAGCGACCUCUUCUAUGGGAACUCCAACCGGCCAAAUUCUCUCUCUCACCCGAGACGGCAAACAGCAGACCGUGGUGGUCUCGAACCAACUCCUGCCAGACGGCAUCACCGUCGAUCGCGCGACGAACCGUAUAUUCUGGACCAACAUGGGCAUUCCCGGUCGAAAUGACGGAACCGUUUGCUCUGCUUCCUUGGACGGUAGCGACGUGCGCACGCUCCUCGGACCCGGCACAAUCAACACCCCUAAGCAGAUCACCCUCGAUACCGCGGCACAAAAGCUCUAUUUCUGCGACCGCGAGGGGUGCACGGUGUCCCGCUGCAACCUGGAUGGAUCGAACCUCGAGACGAUGAUCUCACGGAAACCAAACCAGAAGGACCCCUCAGGCGACGUUCAGGACUGGUGCGUUGGAAUCACAGUCUCGCCUAGGUUCAACAAGUUCUACUGGACGCAAAAGGGUGCGCCCAAGAGCGGCACGGGGAGGAUCUUCUGCACUGAAAGAGACAAUACACCUGGCCAGGUGGUGUCGGGAGAUGACCAGGAUCAUGAACUGUGUAUUCUGAGCGGUCUGCCGGAGCCGAUUGAUCUGGAGAUCGACGAGAAAAGGGGGGAGCUGUACUGGACGGAUAGAGGAGAGCUGCCCUUCGGAAAUGCGCUUUAUCGAGUGAAACUGGAUUCCGAUGGGCGUCCUGUGGGGAAGCCCGAGAUAGUGGUGCGUGGUCUUCAUGAGGCUAUUGGGCUGAGCAUUGACCAUGUGUCCGGGGAUAUCUUCCUCACCGACUUGGGCGGGGGUGUUUAUUCCUGUGAUCGUGAUGGUAAGCGCAAGAAGACCCUGUGUCAGGAGGAUGGGAAGGCAUUCACUGGUAUAGUCUGUCUAUGAAUUGGAUGCGGACACUCAGAUAGAGCUAGAAUGAUCA